ACAUAUGCGCAUGCGCGACCGGCCAACCAAGCGGCGCCGCUGAGGGGACACCGUGCUUUGCCGCCAUGCCUCGCGUCUACAUCGGCCGUCUGAGUUACCACGUCCGCGAAAAGGACAUACAGCGCUUCUUCAGCGGAUACGGGAAGCUGCUCGAGGUCGACCUGAAAAAUGGGUACGGCUUUGUGGAGUUUGAGGACACGCGUGACGCGGACGACGCCGUGUACGAGCUGAAUGGGAAGGAGCUGUGUGGCGAGAGGGUGAUGGUGGAACAUGCCAGAGGACCUCGACGUGACCGGGAUGGAUAUGGAGGAGGAGGUGGUGGAGGUGGAGGUGGUGGUGGAGGAGGAGGAGGAGGUGGUGGUGGAGGAGGAGGAGGAGGUUAUUACGGAGGAGGCCGCAGUGGCUACAGCAGCAGGAGUCGCUCUGGCCGUGAUAAAUAUGGCCCUCCGGUCCGCACCGAGUACCGGCUGAUCGUGGAGAACCUUUCCAGCCGCUGCAGCUGGCAGGACCUCAAGGACUUCAUGAGGCAGGCGGGUGAGGUGACGUAUGCUGAUGCUCAUAAAGAACGAGCCAACGAGGGUGUGAUCGAGUUCCGCUCUCACUCAGACCUGCGCAGGGCUCUGGAGAAACUGGAUGGAACUGACAUUAAUGGCAGGAAGAUCCGACUGAUCGAGGACAAGCCGCGCCGCCGCCGCUCGUACUCCGGGAGUCGCUCCAGGUCCCGCAGUCACCGGCGUUCCCGCAGCAGGAGCCACCGGAGCAGCCGAUCCCGAAGCAACUCCAGGUCUCGCUCAAGGUCUCGUUCCCGCCGGCACAGAUCUCGUUCCAGAUCCCAUGACAAGUCCCGCUCCAGGUCGGGUCGCAAGUCCCGCUCCAAAUCUCCGUCCAGCAAAUCCCGCUCUCGCAAAUCCCGCUCACGCUCUCGCACGCAGAAAUCCCGCAGCAGGUCUCGCUCUCGCUCGGGCAAUCGCCAGUCGCGCUCCAAGAGCACUUCCAAAGUGAAAUCGGAGCGCGGCGGGUCUCGGGGCGGGUCUCGGGGUGGGUCCCCGGGUGGGUCUCGGGGCGGGUCUCGUGACCGAUCAAAAGAGAAAUCCACGAGUAAGAAAUCGCGUAGUCGCUCAGCAUCACCCAUGGAAAACGGAAACGAUGAGAGAGCCAAAUCCGCCUCGCGCUCGCCGUCUCCUCCGGUAGGGAAGAGCGGCUCAAAGUCUCCGGAACGUCGCUCACGCUCCCGAUCCAAAUCUGGCUCCCGCUCUAAAUCCCGUUCCAGAUCCGCCUCUCAGGACUAAACCACCCCUAAUCGAGCGUUUACGUGAUCCGGAUGUUUAACUGAUUCCCUAUUGGUAGAGUAGAUGUUUUAUACAAGGCAUGAGCAGAAAUGAGUCCGAAAUAUGGAUCUUCAUCUUCGUCUUUGUUCUGUGUGUAAAUGACCAUAGAAUUAUUAUUAAUAAGAAGAACUUUUUCAUGACCCGUGACUCGGAUCGCUCCGUGUGUCCCAUGUUCCUGAGGCGCUCCUGGACAAGUGCAUUUCCCGAGAAGUUUAGAGAAGAGCUGACACGUUUGGAUGCUCCUCCAAUGUUCUCCAACUCUGUUGUAAUCCAUUACAUUGUUCAUUGUAUAAACGUUUGAACUUAUAAUCAUUUCAGUCCAUUUUAAUUGUAAGGUUUAUUAAAAGUUCUCACUGA